AUGCAUUCUGAUAAUCAGAUUGACAAUGCUAUUCGAGAUGUUUUAAUGAUUCGAUUUGGUUGGAAUAUUGAGAAUAUCGCAUACGUUGGUCCAUAUUUAUAUAGAAAUCAUAAUGCGAAAAUAUUUAUUGAGAAGAUCAAUAUAUUGAAUAUAGUUGGAUUAAUUCUAAUGUCAAUAAUCUUGAUUUCAUCAAUAAUAAUUAUUGCAAUUUGUGCAAUCAAAUGCUAUCAAAAAAUCAAUAAUUAUUCAAAUAAAACAUCAGAGCGAUCAAAAAGUUUACAAUUUCAAUUAUUCUAUGCUUUAGUUAUUCAAACAUCGAUUCCUCUAAUUCUUAUGCAUCUUCCAGUUACAAUAUUAUUUUUGUGCACGAUUUUUAAUUUGAAUAUGGGAUAUUCGAGUGGAAUUGUUAAUAUAACAAUUGCAUUAUUUCCAUCUUUGGAUCCUUUUCCGGUUAUGUUUGUUAUUAGAAGUUAUCGAAAUUCGAUUUUUAAACAUAUUAGAAAAGUUGUUGCGUUUUGUGAUUGA